CCCUAACAUUGUAAACACUGUUAAUUCCAAUAUUCCCUUUUGACUUAAGGGAAACAGCAGUGGAAAGUUCUAAAAUAGAUUUUGUACUGCUCCAAAAAUAGACUGCCACAGAGAGAGCUUUUCACCCUGAGUGCUACUACAAUGGAGGCUAGUUCCAUUCUCCUUGCUUUCAGUAACAUUUAUGUAACAAUAUUUGCAUUGUUUUGUUUCAAACUUUUAAUUAAGGUGUCCCUGGCUCUUCUGACUCAUUUUUACAUCGUUAGAGGAAACAGGAAAGAGGCUGCAAGAAUAGCAGAGGAGAUCUAUGGAAUAGUCCAAGGUAAUAUAUACAAAAAAAGUGUUGUUUUUUUUUCUUUAUUUACUCCGCUAAUUGUGAAUUAUACCAUAUUGCAGAUAGGCAAAGUGGAAAACCAUGUACAUUUUGCUUGGAAACAGAAUAUUCUUUAAAAGUCUGCAAAGCUCUUUUGUGUGUAUUCUUGAACUUUUUAUAGUAAAUGCUGAAUAUUUGUUCACCUGUCUUGAAAUCCCUGACCUUCUUCUCACUUCUUCUGAGGCGAACAAGAAGGAUACAUCAUUAAAGGUCUGGAAUUCCUUAAUAAGCUAGAAUAAUAAAUGGGAAUUUUCUAAACAUUUGAGAUGUGCAAUAAAAUCACUAUGGUAUUUUUCUCCCAGAUUUGUCAACUCACAACAUAUUUUCUUUUCAGACCACAAAUAUUAACUAAAUAGAAACACAGGUUUUAGUGGUUAGGAUGGGGCAUGGGAAUUUUAUGUACAGUUCAAGUCAAGACGGAAGCCUUCGUUUUGUGACAAUUUGAAAGGUGACAAGUUGCCUCUAGGAUCAAGACUUGCUCAGUUACAUUGUUUCCUGAUUACGGAUGUGACUGUGUCUACCUUCUCAAUAGGACCCUUUGGGUCCAACUAGCUAAUAAUAUUUAGAAAGCACUCCCAGAAACGGCAAAAUAAUAAUUAGAAUACUAAUAAACAGUAUUAUACCUAUCUUGACCCCAACCCCCAUAUUUCUACAGUACAGUCCAUCUUAAUACCAGAAUACCGCAUUCUUUUUUUGAGAAUGAUCACCCUUUCUCCUGCAAUACAGCUGUGGAAUAAAGAAUGUGUCAAUUAAAAGGAACACUAGCGUUAGACAUAUGAAGCUGUAUUCCUAGUGUUCUAGUGUCACUCUGCCUCCGCGUCCCCCUUCACCCCCAUGUUGAAAUGGUUAAAAAUUUGUUUUUCAUUAACCUGUUUACGUCUCCCCCUCCAAUGACGUCACACUGAUGUGGGAUACUAAUGCGCAUGCACGGCGUGCAUUAGACCUUCUCUAUAGGAACUGUAAUGUUUUAUAUUGCAGGAUUAAGGAGACAGGAAUACUGCACCCAGACCAUUUCAAUGAGAUAAUGUGAUCUAAAUACCUUAUAACUUCCAAAAAAAACAACAACCCACUGUUUAGUAGAUAUACCCUCAAUGAAUACAUGUAUAUCAGAGGCUUCUCGUUGAAAAUAUGGCCCCCACGCGCACACACGCCAGCUACUGCACGUGCAUGCACAAUGUUGUGUGAAUGCGCGCUAAACUCCAUAGGCCGCAAUUGCCCGUAGCACCUGCCUUGCAAACCAUUCUCAUUAAGCUGCAUUGGGAAGUAUGCAAUUAGAAGGGGGAGGCCCUGCAGCUUGCAAGAUGUUUUUAGAUAAAAAAUCAUUUAACAAUUAAUCAUGAAUGUUUUAAUUGGGGGUAUAUCUUCUAAUUAGUAUUUUCUUGCAUUUGGGCUGUGGAGUGUCCCUUUUACUCUCUAAUAUUUACCCAUGCUUGAGUGUGUAUAACUUGGUUUGUAAAAUAUACGUUAUCCAUAAAUUAUGGAUAUAUUAUGGAGAGCUACAAAUGACGGAAAUUCAGAAGUGAACAUAUGUUAUUUUAUUUUGUUUAUUGUUUUUCAAAAAAGAAAAAUAUAAGGGAUACAGAGAGGAAAAGUAAGUUAUGCAAAAUAAAAAUAAAAGUGAAGGAUAAAUUCAUUGAAACUGAGUAUUUACUUAGAAGAGCACUAUAUUGGUUAUAGUGCCAGAGGUACUCUGGUACCCUCUUAUUUUAAAGUAGUUAAAGGAUCACUAUAGGGUCAGGAACACAAACAUGUAUUCCUGAUCCUAUAGUGUGAACACCACCAUCUAGCCCCACUGUGCCCCUCAUGCCUCCAUAAAUAUAGCAAAAUCUUACUGUAUUCAAGCCAGAAGCUGUAACUCUGCAUGCUGUUAGACUCAGAAAAACAAGCAGUCUGCUGACAUCAUCAGAAGUGGUAGCCUGAUACAAUCACAAUGCUUCCCCAUAGGAUUGGCUGAGACUGACAAAGAGGCAGAUCAGGGGCAGAGCCAGCAUGAUUCAAACACAGCCCUGGCCAAUCAGCAUCUCCUCAUAGAGAUGAACUGAAUCAAUGAAUCUCUAUGAGGAAAGUGCAGUGUCUGCAUGCAAAGGGAGGAGAUACUGAAUGUUUGGAUGCAUUUCAGGCAGCCAUGACGCAGGAAGGAUCUCUAACAGCUAUCUGUGGAGUGGCCACUGAAAAGAUAGUGCUUACAGCAAAAAGCCUGAAGGUAAUGAUUCUACUCACCAGAACAAAUUCAAUAAGCUAUAGUUGUUCUGGUAACUAUAGUGUCCCUUUAAAUCACUUUUAAACAUUUUACCAGGGCCCACCUCCAUUGCCAGAGGCUAGAGGUCCCUCAGCAGGAAUUUCUGUUACUAUAACAUGUUGUUAUUCAAAAAAAUUUAAAAUUAGUGCAUUGCAUUCCACUCUCAUGAGCCAUAAACAUUGAGAUAAGAGUGCUUCUAGGGGCCUCCUGGCACCAUAACACCUUAAUUUUGAUUAAGUUUUUUUGGUGCCUGGAGUGUCCCUUUAAGUAUGAGAAACUCCAGAAAAUGUCUUACAACAGUGUUUCUGACGACAGAAAAUCCUCUGAUCUAUCAGUUGUCCACAGAGUACCUCAGUUACAUCAGUCAAAAUGCACACUUUAUUACUCAAAAAUGUUCAUUCAUAAAUAGUUAUCUUAGUUUAAAAAAAUUAAAAAGUUCCCCCUGUAAGUAAUACUGAGUUUGGUGUAGAAUUGAAUACACAGAAGUGCUGCGACCUGAUACAUUGCUGCUGUGUGGCAGCUACUGACCCAAGUCAGUCAUGUGAUAAGCUAUAAGCAGCUGCACUAGAAGCGACACAAAGUCGGAACAUACAGCUCUAGCUCGCUGUGUGAACGUACAGAUCUCUAAACGAAAUCAGCUGGCUGGAAUUACAUCCUUACCGUGGCAAUUAAGAAAUGCUCUGUAUGGUAAUCAUAUCUGCCAUACAUUUCAGGGAGGUAUGUUACUUGAAUGUAAUGUUUCCUGAUGUCAGUGUCAAAACAAUGUGCCUGCUCAGAAUUCUAUUACCUGACAAAUGUAGCAUGUUGUUCUGCGCACAUAUAUCUAUGAAAUGCCGUAUGGAGCAUUAAAAAAAGUGCUGCCAUACAGUAUGAUAUAGAAUGGAAAAUUAAUUUGUUUAGAGAGGGUUUAUACACUAGACAGUGAAUCGAAAGUAAAAUUGAUGAAAUUCAAAUUGAUAUUAAAGUGGCUAUGUCAUCUCAAAUGUAUCUUUCUAUUGUUUCUUCUUCUUUUUUCUUUCAGGAUCUGUUCUUCUGAAAUUUCUUUCUUUAAAACAGAGAAAAUGCAGUGCUUACAUUGAUGCCUAGGGACACCUCCAGUGGCAGUUACACAGAAGGCCACUAGAGGUGCUUCCUGGGUUAGUGCUGCACAACAUGACUGACGUCUGCAUGGUGACACUAAACUUUCCCCAUAGAGAUGCAUUGAUUCAAUGCAUAUCUAUGAGGAGAUGUUGAUUGGCCAGGGUGGCAUUUGGCUCCAUCUCUGCUUUUUCUAUGGGAAAGGAUUGGAUUGGGGGCAAUUCUGAUGAUAUUAGCCAAGAAGGCAGAUUGGGGGCAGGGCCAACACUAUUAUAAAGGGGAGUUUUAUUACUUUUUAAGGGGGACAAGCCACCUAAAUGGUGAUUUAAAAAAAAAAAUUCUUUAUUUCUGUUGUGCUUUGAAUUACAAACAUGCUUAUACUGCCACGAUAGCUGGUACAAGCCAAUGGAAUAAUACAAGAUAAACAGUAGCAUGGCAAGCGUUAACAGCACAAAUUUUAUAGGUCAGGUUAGGUAGAACUGGCUAUAACCUUCAUUUCAACCAGGCUAAUAGUUGUAAAGAGUAAGAUAGACAAACAGGUUAAGAAAGAUCUGAAACAUUCCAAGACUAAUCAUGGUUUAAGCCUAUGAGGUUAGCUGAGCUUCUGGGGCUGAUUGUGUGAUUGUAGGUAUGGUGUCAAUGCCUGUUGCCCUGUGCCCUUAGUGUAGCAAGUGAAGUUAUCAGGGGGUUAAGUGGCAUAAUAGCAAGAGGUAUGAUGAGGCAUUGCUAUGUUACAUGCUUUGGAGUUGCGUGCGUGUAUAAAGAGGUUUAUACAUGAGGGUUUCCAGGCAGGCGGGCUUUGCCUCGGUAAGUGAGUGGAUGACAGGCUGUCUGAGAGCGUUAGUAGUGUGAGUAGUAAGGCAUUGCCCAUGUGGGAAACGCAUAUAAUGAGAUUGCUAACUAAAUAAAAAUGUUCAUAACAGUGGGUUUCUUUGUAAAGUUCUGCGUUGCCUUUGUAUCUCUGUUGAGGAGGUUGCCUUGCGGCAUGGAUAGCGCCCAUUGCAGAAGAGGUUUUGAGUAUGGACUUCUGUGAGUCCCAACUUGUGAGUUCACUUUUAACCUAUGCCCAGCGCAGGGAGAGGUGUCAGAGGUGUUUGGCAGUCCUGCUGGGGGGUUGUUGGGUACAGCGUCACUGGUUCCAGCAGUCGGUUCGCCAGCCCGUCGUUGUGGAGGUCUGCUUUAUUGGCUUUAUUGGGGCUUUCCGCAGUGUCAGGUAAGUACGGAGCUGUGAGGGUAGCUUGCUAGUGUGUGGUCGCUUUAUGGGUCUCUGCUUUAGCCCGGUGCUUUGAGAGGCUUGUGGGCCACCUCUGGUUGGGAUUUGUAUGUGGUGCAGUCUUACCUGUUUGAGCGCGAGCUGGAGGGGUCUCCUUCUCCGGCGCCAUUUUGUGGGUCCCCUCAGGCGUCUGCAGUGGGGACUUGCGAGUUCUCCGGCGGGUAUGUGCGCUGGUGCCUUGGCUUGUCAUUCUAUGCUGCCCAAUUUCGUCCAGAAGGCGUUGAGUAGGGCAUCGAGCUUGGUUAAGGUUUGGUGCCUGUCUGUUUGGCAGUUGUGGAUACAUGUGGCGUCAGCCAUCUUGCAGGCCCGUGUAGCAGAGGGCUGCCUGUGCGGUCCCUUUAUCAGCGCUCGUCUUGGCCCUGCUGCCUGGAGAGUUUGGACCGGGAUUACCCCCACCGGUCCUGAGGGGGUGGAACGGGUAGCUGGUGGCUUGGUGUCUCCGACGUAGGGGCGAGGAGAGCGGCCGUCUCCCCCCAGCUCCAUCCACCGUAGACUACCGCCUGCUGCCUUGGUUACAAGGUUGUGCGAUGCACUCAAGUUUGGUAUCAGGUGAUUCACCCGGUGGCCCCCCACAUGGGUAGCGUAUCCCGGUGUCAUUACAGGCUUGUAAACGGUGAGUUUUUCCCUUUGAAGCAGUUUGUUUGGUGGGAGCUUCUCCAUCAUGCGGCUGCUCCAUUUGCAGGUCAGGCCCCGCCCCACCUAAAUGGUGAUUUUAACACUAUAGCAUCAGGAAUACACAUUUGUGUUCAUGACCCUUUAGUGUUCCUUUAAGAAGACACUCUAAGCACCAAAAACAACCAUUAACAGAGCAGGAGAUAACUACUUUUAAAAUAAACACACUGUGCUGUAAAAAUUAAAUAUUUUUUUUCUAUGGUGGCUGUGUAUGUCUCAGCGAGUGGAGGUGUGGCUAGUGCUGUAUAAACAGAACAAAAAAGGGAAUUAACUCUUAAAUGACUGAGAACUGAGCAGUGAGACUGUAUGAGGCAUGAUCUAUACACCAAUACUGCUUUGUUAAGCUGAAGUUGUUUUGGUGCUUAGAGAGUACUUCUUAAGUUAUAAAUAUAUAAGCAAUGUUGAACCAUUCAUAAAUGAACACAUUUACAACAAAUGUCCUGCAAUAGGUUAGGUGGACUACUAGUAAUCAACGUUUUAGUGAAUUAGAUUUUAUGUUUUAUUAUUGCAAUUUGGGACACAUUAAUUUUGAAUAUUUAGGACACUUUAAUAUUGAAAUGCACAUUUUACUUGGAUGUCAAUGUCUACAUUUUCCUUUGUACGUUCAGUUACAAAUUCUCAAUAAGCUGGUGACCUUUAAGAUAUGUUCUCACUACCAAGAAUAUUGUGUCUUUAAUGUUCACAAGAUCUGUCACAUCUUUACAAAAUGAUAUGCUUAAAGAUUUAUGGAACCCAACAGGCAAAGCUAAAAGUGACCCUGAACUAUUGUUGCAUUUAUACAACGUUGAGGAAUGUUUAGAUUUUUUACUUCUGUUAGUGUUUGUAAUAUUGCUACAUGUUAUGGGAACAAAGAUAUGUUUUGUAUUCUUCAAAUUUCUCACACCGAGUAUCAGUAAAUGUUUCCAGAUGAAUGCUGUGCUAACAAAAUAUUUUAGGAACCAUUCAAGUGAUGGUACAUGCAGUGCCAAUUACAAUCAAUUCCUUUCAAAAGCCAAAACUCAGAAUGAACCUGCUUCCUUUCAAGAUACCCAUGACCAGAAUAAUAUAAGUGAAAACAUUGUUUUUGUGCUACCCACUUUGUCUUGUGUUUUUAAAUUCAUUCUGCAUUCCUAUAGCACCAAGUACUCUCCCUCUGCAAACAAACAUACUUCAUUAACCUCAUCACCACCUUCUCCCAUGAUUCCAAGCACAUCUUCCAUACCAUAAAUAUAUGCCAUGUCACUCAAACACCAACAAAAUUCAGCUUUUGAGUCUGCAGCCUGGUAAACUGGAAACAUUAAAACUCUUAAAGGAUCACUAUAGUGUCCGGAAAACAAAGCGGUUUUCCUGACACUGUAUUGCCCUGAGGGUGCCCCCAGCCUCAGGGUCCCCCUCCCGUGGUGCUGAAAGGGUUAAAACCCCUUCAGCAGCUUACUUUUUUCCAGAGCCGGGCUCCCUCGGCGCUGGUGACCUCUCCUCCCCCGCCGACGUCAGCUCCCUCUGCCGAGUCAGUGGAGUUGAAUGUGCAUGCGCGGCAAGUGCCGCGCGCGCAUUCAAGCUGUCAAUAGGAAAGCAUUUUUCAAUGCUUUCCUAUGUACGCUCUGCGUGAUGGAGGCAUAAUAUGCCUCCAGUGUUUCAGAUGCACCUCUAGUGGCUGUCCGGAAGACGGCCACUAGAGGCUGGCUUAACCCUGCAAUGUACACAUAGCCGUUUCUCUGAAACGGCUAUGUUUGCAUCUGCAGGGUUAAAGCCUGAGGGACCUGGAACCCAGACCACUUCAUUGAGCUGAAGUGGUCUGGUUGACUAUAGUGUCCCUUUAAGCUCCUGCCCUAAUACUCAGCCUAUUCCUCACAAUGUGUCAAUGGGUGUGAGUAUAUGUGAAUGGACCAUACAAUUUACCCUUUAACUGAAGCCCCUGGACUUUUGGCCACCUAUAUCAGCUUAUAUCGGCAUUUGUCUGAUUGUUUUGACUUUAUUCACUUCUUCUUUCAUUAAAAAGUUACCGACUCCACAAAUGUGGUCUUUGUCGAGACUAUUGAAUAGUGUAUAUAAUUAACAGCAGCUGAAAGAAAGAAAGAAAAUGCAUGUGGAUGUUUUCUCUUUGUGUAGUUCAUUGUUCAAUGUCUACCUUUACCUGUCCAUUUUUAAAGACAAUUGACCUUACCAAUGCCUUUCAUUCUGUUAUCAUUGUAAGCAUGUAUAUCUGUUUGGUGUCAUAAUUUUAUUAUGUUUAGUUUUAUUCAUUAUCCUGACAAAAUUAUCACCUUUCCUUUUAAUUUAACUCGCUUAUUGCAAGUUCUCUAUCUUUAUUUUUAUUAGUACUUAAGUUUGAGUGUCACUAGCCCCCUCUUUCCUUCUAUUUGAGGGAAAACACUAAAAUUCACUGAUGUAUAUUUUUAAAUAAAUAUGACUGCAAAUAUUAUUCGAGUUAAAUGGACACUGUAACUACCUUGUCUUAGUGAAAUAUCAUAACACUGAAUGCAGGCACAGUACCAGAGGACUCCAAGCACAAGUUUGACACUAGAUAUGGUUUCCUGGCCACCUAUAACCCCACCUUCAUUUGAGGUAUGAUUCAGGCUGGAUUACUCUUCCUUCUAGCCAUACCAAGUCAUACAAGCAGUAGGCAUUGUGAUUGGCUGAAAGCGAUCACUUGACUCAACCAAUCGCAGCCACCCAUUGCUGCGCAAGCUUAUGUUCCCUCAUUACAUCAAGCAGCACAGAGGGGAUGGGCUAAUGGGGACUCUCAUAUAGUAUUAGAACAUUAAAAAACUGAUUGACGCUCAAUGGAAGGAAGUUGCCGAACUACAGCCACUUCAAUGAGAUGACACAGUUACUGAGCCAACAGGGUCCGUUUUAAUUUAAUUCUAUAGGAACAUAUGUUGUUUUCAGAACUGCUUGAAAUUGAGUGUUUUAUAUUGUCAUUUAUGUAUAGAUUGAUGUGUUAUACUGAUUAACUAAUUUUUGAAAAAUUUUUUUUAUAGGAUCUUGGGCAGAUCGCUCACCACUUCAUGAAGCAGCAUAUCAUGGACGUCUCCUUGCUCUAAAAACUUUGAUUGCACAGGUAAAAUAAAGCUCCAAAGAAUAGUAUUUUAUAUUACUUUAUAUCAGUUUUACUCAUGCAGAACAAUUUGUAUUCUAGAAAUGUGGUACUACACACUGUUCGGUAAAUGAGAAAAUUAUGUUCAUGGGCCAUAUGUUAACAUCAUUGUGCUUAUUACAAUUUUAACAUUUUUGCUACUGAGUUACUUGAACUCUUUACGUUUUGUGUGUUUUGUUUUAUUACUAUUUAAAUGAAAGCUGUUUUUCCUAUAUUUUAGGGAUUUAAUGUAAACAUAUUGACGAUAGACAGAGUUUCACCUCUCCACGAAGCCUGUUUAGGGGGCCAUGUUUCCUGCGCAAAGGUUUUACUGGAGAACGGAGCACAUGUGAGUCAUUUUACCAAAAUGUAUACUCCUACACAAACUAUUUCAGGUCAAAGAAGGGAAUGCCAAUUAAUAAUUACUGCAAUGCAGCAUAAUCACCUAAACAAAAGACUUAUGAGCAUGCAGGCUACAAAUCCUUCCUGUAACAUGUACAUCCCACACAAAAUCCAGUUGCAUAGGGUGUUUAUUUGCAAUAAUUUACAUAAGAAAUUUUUUUUCGGAGCCCACUGGUAAAUCUUCUUCAUUUUGUUUUGGAAUCAGAAUUCUUCUAAUCUCCAAUUAAUUCCAUAUGCAUUGAAAUGUUAUGCAUUUAUUCUCUAAGAGACAGGUAAGUGGCUUGAACACCUAACCUUUCAAUAGUUUGCCGUAUGUAAUAAGUAGCCCAUCUGAGCCAAGUAUCUUCUCAAAAGAGGUGGUCAUUUUUGCCUCCAUAAUGUCCUCUUUGAUAGGGCAAUUAAGCAUCUUUCCUUGGACAUUUGUCAAUGCAGUAAGGCCUACUUGUUGCAAUAGGCAUAGGGUUAUAGGCACUCAAAAACCUCAUGAAAGUAGUGGCUGUUUCUCUCUGUAUGCAGUAUGAUCAUGUUCUUGAGUCCUUACAGACCAAAAUUAUGAGUGCAUGAGUUUUUAGGGUUUUUUUUACUUCAGAGGUAAUAGAGUAGACUUACUGAGAUUGAUGUAUGUGUAAAAGAAACAUAUUCAGAAAGAGCUUCGUGUCAAUGUAGACGUCUUUGGUUACAUUUUCUGCAUUUGAAAAGUGAAUCAUGGAAUUGAAAAUGAAAAGCAAAUCCUUCUUCUUGUCUUUGACCAUGUAGGUUAUAACCCAUUAGAAGAGCUUUAGAGUACUUCCAAACAGCAUAGGAUUGUUAGUGUUCUACAGAGUGUCGUUCACAUAGAUGGGACAUGCUGUUCUCACCAUUGUAGCAUUGUUCUGAACAACUCUUGUUGUAUAUAAAAAGCAGGAACCACUAAAAUGUUUCUGUGUUGUUUUGAUUUAGAAUUGUUGUAGAGGUCUUCAUGGAGAGUUCAAGUUCCUCUUCUGUCAUUGGGGUUCCUAGUGUAUAAAAUGUUUGCACACGGUUUUGGCCAGCGAUGUUGCAACAGCAUUUAAAUGGUGGGAAGGGUGCAGCAACAUUAUGUGAUAUUAUGUAAGAGGCCACAUGGUGUACCCUACUGGAUGUGUCCAAUAUUUUGGCAAUGUUGGAUUUUAAACACUCCUUGAACAAAGAAUAUUUUUUGAAGCAUUUGAAAGCUUUGUUGUAAAUGGAAUUUGUGUUUUGAUACUAUCCUCUGUAGGAAUAUUGGGUCUAAGAUGGUUCUAAUUUAGAGAUUUGUUCCAUAAGGGAUUUGUGGCUGUGUAUCUUGCUUUUUGUGCUAUACUCUCUGUGAGAGAAUGGAGCUUCCAUCUUUCUAUAUCAGGUAAUUUUGUUGAGAAGGAUUGGUUAAAUCUCCAUGUCAUAAGCAGGCUUGUAGAUUGGAGAGGAUAUGGUCAUGGUGAUGGUUGCGUGGUAAAAGUAGGCACUUGCGUUAUAUCCUGACAAAUUGGCCAUUGUGUUAAACCCUGACAGAUUGUAGGUGUGGUAAAUGGUUAUUUGGGAGGAAGUUGUUCCCCAUCCGCAAAUAUUGAGUUAGGCACGGAGAAAAAAUCUUUGUCCUUCCCACUGUUGUGAAGGGUCUCUCAUCAGUCAACAUGUCUAUGUUCAUGCAAUAAUUUCUUUAUUGUGUGUAGGAUAUAAAAAGGAGGUUGCUGAGGUCCUUGAAGAAUUAUUUAGUCUAGGGUUCAAAUAGAUAUUUAAGUCAUCCUCAACUUUUAAAAGUUCCUUUUUAUACAUAUGUAAGCUUACAUAGUGGCAAAACUAGAACUUUACAUUUAAAAUUAGAUGGAGUCAUAUGAGUUGUGCCGAUGACUAUGUAGGGCAAAGACAGUAAAUUACAAAUUUCAUGUAAUAGCAUAUCUAGACUAUCUUUGAAGAGUAACUUCUUAUGAACAACUCAAAAUAGAGUGCAUUCAAAGACUUAAAUGCCAUGUUAUUUACUUUCCAGAUUAAUUUAGCGACAGUUGAUGGAAUUACCCCUCUGUACAAUGCCUGCAUCUGUGGAAGUGUUGCUUGUGUCACCAUGUUAUUAGAAUACAGAGCAGAUCCAGAACUGGAAACUCAGAUGGUCUUUCCACUUCACGAAGCAGUUAUUCGAGGUACAAUAUGUUCAUUUAAUUUCCUAUAUGUAGUGGUGUACACACAAUACAUGUGCCCCGGUGCGAAACUGAUCCGUGGGCCCCUCCCCCCGAUCCAUCCCCACCCCCCAGACACAUACAUACAGACACAGACAUACACAGAGGCACACAUACAUACAUACAGACACAUACAUACAGAUACAGACAGAGAGACAGACACAUACACCCCCCAACAGACACACACAUACAUACGCACAGACAGACACACGCAUACAUACAUACACAAACACACAUAGUGUCCAGUAAGGGCUCAGCCUGAUCUCUCUGACUCCCUCCUCCUUCCUCCCGCGCGGCUCUGUCAGAUAGCUGGGAGGAGUGACCGGGGCAGUCACUUCCUCCCAGCUCUGUCUGAUAUCAUCACAGGGUGCCAGGUCGCGCUGUUAACCGGUGCCCCCAGAAAAUCCAUCUCCAUCACGUGGCCCUGACAGCAUGGGCCACCCGACGGACCCCUUCAAGUGCGGCCCCGGUGGUUUGCCGGCAGCGGGUACCUGGUCGCAGGGGUCCACAGGGCAGCCGGGCCCCCUGGAGUGAUGGGCCCGGUCGCAGCUGCGACCCCUGCGACCGCGGUAUGUACGCCAGUGCCUAUAAUGCAGGUAGCUGAACAUUCUUUUUGAUUCAUAUACAGUCUGCAUAUUUUUUUUCUUUCUUUUUUUUUUUUCCAUAAAGAAGGAUAAUAUUAAAAGUUUAUGUGGAUACCACUUGUCAGAUAUAGUUUGGUUGUUUCCUGCAGAUCUCUAAUAUUUUUUACUCUGAUUUUGAUGGGGACAUCAGAACCUGAAUUUGGAGAAGAAUGAGUAGCAUUUUAAGUCAGAACUUUUUGAGAUUUUGUGGAACCUUACAUCUUUUCUAAUUCCAUAUGCAUACACACAAACAACAUUCUUCUAUAAAGGUGCAUACCUGGAGCAUCAUGGCAUGUUGACGUCAUAUUGAUCACAAUAGUGCUAUGAAGGUAAAUGCAUUUUGUUUAUUUACCUCCAAGUAAGCACUUCAAUAGCAUUUACAGAUGUUAAUGUAUGAGGAAAUGUUCUUCUUUAACAGAUAGCAAUAUCAGCUCUCAAUAUUUCCACCCACCCCCAUGCAAAGGUGGGAAAUGAGCAAGAGAAAUUUUGAGGGGGUAAAAACAUCCAUGCAUUGUUGAUUUGCUGGGUGUACGGAAGACAGUUUGGGUUCUGGAAUUUCUUAUCCACUCAUAGCACAUCUAAGAGGAGCUGUACUUCCACAACAGAGCUCCUGGUGGCUUGAAGUAUAGUGACGUGUGAUGACCACAGAGCAAGCCAUGAUACAGCUGUGAUAGAAUUGGGUUAAGUCCUGCUCUCUGCAGCUACCUUGAGGUGCCUUCACCAAGUAAGCCAGCAGGUAGGGAACCCAAGAAAUUGUAAAAAAAAAAAAACUAUUAAAAAGGAAAGGAAAUGGGCAUGGGGGAGAGAAUGGGCCACUGACCGGGACAUAAUGGUACAUGGGGGAGAGAAGACAGAAAGGGGGAUAUGUGUGAGGAGGAGAAAGGGCCAUUGAAGGGGAGAGGAAGUGUCAUGACGAGUAUUGACUUUGAUGACAAGAGUCAUGUGUGAAGUGGGGUGACAUUACAUGGAUAAUGGAGGAAGGGACAAGGGAAGAGGUGACAUGGAUGAGAAGAGGAUGAGGUAUGGGGGAAAAUGGGAAGUCGAAGACAUGGAUAAGGAGAAAGGGGGUGCUGGGAUAGAUGAGAAGUCAAAGGGGCCUAGAGACAUCUGUAGACAUGUGACCUGCAGAAAGAGACUAUGUUUGUGUCUACCUUAUACUGGAAGUUCCUCAUUAUGAAACUUGUUUUUUUUUUCCUCUGUCCCAGGUCACAGAGAAUGUGCAGAAGUAUUAAUUGCUUAUGGAAUGGAUAUCAAUAAAGAAGUUUAUAAUCUUGGCACUCCACUAUACUUAGCAUGUGUCCACCAGAGAACAGACUGUGCCAAAAAACUUCUCGAAUUAGGUAAUAGUGUAACCCUAUUUCCAUCAGUUAAAAAUAAUAACCAGCUGAUACUGAAAUCAAGUUAUCCUCAUUUUGUGUGCUGUGCACAUGGAUGAAUAUUAUUGAAUAGGGAUUUUUAGAUCACAAAAUAAAACAAGACUGCCACCAGAAUAGAAUAUUCAGGCUCACAGUUAUAUUUUAUUAUAAUUGUCAAGAAUUCCAACUCAAUUAAAAAUGAAUUUCAAAUUUUUAGUCGAAAUAGCCAAAGUACUUGGAGAGUUUUACUACUCUACAAUAGUGACAUAAAAUUAAAAAUUCACUUACAUUUUGUUAAAAUUAAUUGAGACUUAAAAUGUGUUUGUUUACGAAUCCUUAGUAAAAUCUCAAUCAACUAUAGUUAUGAAAAAAACAAUCAACCAUUUGGUAGUAAAAUUUCAGCACAUUUAUCUAUUUUCUCUUUGUGUUAGGUGCAAACGUGAACAUCGGGAAGCAGCGUGACACACCUUUACAUGCUGCAGCUAGGAAAACCAGUGGAGAAAUCGUGAAACUUUUAAUUGAUUAUGGUGCUAAUGUUAAGUCUAAAAACGCAGACGGGAAGUAUCCAGUUGAACUUGCAGAACCCCGAAGUCUGAUAGAACAAACUCUUUUAUUUGGAGAAGGUAUGAAUAUUUGAUAUCAGAUUUGUCUAAAUAUGACAAUCCAGCUUUUCUUGAACUACCGUUCUCAGAAUUAUCUAACAGCUAUACAUAUAAGAGCAAUCAUUUUUAACUUGUUUAGUUAACAUGUUUUUCAUGUCCAUUUAAUUGACUCAAGUCAAUCAAGUUCAACCUUUGUACGCAUCUCUAUCCCUGUAUCUGCUAUUGAUCCAUAAGAUUGGGUAAAACAUUUUUUUUAAAUGUGACUCGAAAAAGGAAAAAAUCUUCCUUGAUUUUUAAAGUCAUCCUUUUUUCUUGGAUCAACAUUCCAUAAAAUGCCCAUAUUAACUAUUAUAGCAUGAUUAUACUGUUUUGCGAAAAAAAUAAUGUCGACAUCUAGUGAAUUUCAUACAAAUGCUUUAGGAAUAGAAUUCAAGAUCUUUAAUUUUCUCUAUUUAUUCUACAUGCUGGCUUUGGCAUGUAGUUGGCAAAUGUUGCAAGUACUAAUUUUCUUUUACAAUUAUUAAAGCCUCAGUUAUGCCUUUUUUUGUCAGAGAUAUUUGCGGAAAUAUUAUAUGUUUUAAUUAUAAUUUCUAUUUCUAGGACCAGCUGCCCUGUCCCAACUUUGUCGUCUUUGCAUCCGAAAAUGGUUGGGAUCAUCUUGUCCUAAGACCGUGCCCAGGCUACAUUUACCAGACCGAUUAGAACAAUUUCUAUUAUAUCGGUAGAGCUUCCAAAAAUAUCUUCCUUGUUGAGUGGAAUGUUUUAUUGGUUGUCCUGUGGGUUGGAAUAUCUGAAAUUCUACAAGUGCUUCAGUCAUGUGAACAAUAAUUUUAAAAGAAAGACACAGUAUAGAAAAUGCUUUAUUUACUUAAAUGGAAGUUGUGCUGAAUUGACAGACAAAUUGCGAUGUAGAGGCUAAUGUAGCACAAAUGAAAUAAUUCUACAGCUUUACUAUAUUUUAAAUGUUUCUAUUUUAGCCUAUAUUUUGCGAUUUAUUUUUUUUCAUGUUAUUUUACUACAAUUUGAUAAUCUAAUACAUUAACAGGGUUAUUUACUGAACUGAGAAUUGUCAGAAAUGUAAAGUGAUUUCAAAGUGAUUCCACAAAAUAAACAAAUUGGAAAAAUUCCUCAAGUCAGCUAAACUGCCAGUUCGGCUGCUUUGUCCUUAAAGGGACACUCCACUGCCCUAAUAAAAUAAUAUAUAAACAAUCACUGUUUAGUAGGUAUACCCUAUUUAUUCAUGCAUUUUAUUGCAGGUAUAUCUAAGCCAGCUUGUAAAAGCUGCAGAUCUCUUGCCUGUAGCCUUUUCAAGCUCUCCCCUUCUAACCAUGACUUUCUGUGUCUGUCCAAUCACAGACUUCCCAAGGCAGCUCAAUGAGAAGUCUUUGCAAAGAAGGUGCUCUAGCAAUUGCUGCUUCUUGAGUUUAGCCCCACUGAGCUAACCGAACCAGGAAGUAGCAGGACCUGCUGUCUGACUGACAGCCAGGGGGUUCUACCAGGUUAAUUUAUAAAAGUGCCAAUUUCUAUUGAAAUCUACUCUCCUUGUAAAAUUAUAAAAAGAGGACACACUCUUCACACAUAGAGCAUUUCGGCAAGCUAAAGUGCUUUAUGGGUCUGGAGUGUACCUUUAAAUGUGAAAUUCACUUUGAAUUCCUGACAAUUUUUAUUUUAGUAAAUAAUAUGCAUAGCUCAUAUGUAAACCAUAUUUAUAUUUAUCAGAAAUCUAUCCUGUCUGAUUUCUAAAAUCACUUACUGUAAUUCCUAUAGUAGAUGAUACUGCAAACGAGAAGAUCCAUAAGAAAUCAAUUCUCUGAAAGAAUGAGGGGGGGGGGGGAGCGGUUAUUUAAUAAUUUAAAUUGAUUAUUGUGAGGGAAUAUGUGUAUUACAAAUUGUGUAUGUAAACAAAGUGGAAUUUAUUGUAAAAUACAGCCAUGUUGUAAAAUUAGCCUUGUCAAAAUUGCAUUUUGAUCCAUUUUGGCAUCAUGAUGGAUUCUCAAUAUUUUAUUGGCCAAAUAGUUUGUUUUUUGGUCUAAUGUGGUGGUGAUGAUGGUAUGCGCAUAGAUGCUAUUUCAUUAAAAUUAGUGAUAAUUUUAGUGCCAUUUUGAGCUUUAAAAUUGCUGAAUAAUUAUUGCAAGAACAAAACUUUUGAGGAUCUCACAUUCUAUAGAGGCAAAAGUGCCAUGCCAAAGGAGAGAAAUGCUAUAUUCAAACGUGUGGUCUCACUGGACCAGAGACUCAACAACUGCUCAAGGUAACUUAGGAGGUAGAUACUACAGGUUUUUAUUGAGAUAUUGGACUGCCUAAAUUCCUUUCAGUACGUUUUAUGGUGGACAAUGUCAUAAAUCCACCUGGCUAAGUGACUGAUACCCUAAGCAUUCUUGCACAAAAUAUUAAUUUUUUUUUGGCUUUUAUUAUUGUAUGUUUUUUAUCUGAAUUUCAACAUUUGUUAUAUUAAAGUGUUUCAAUCUGC